AUGAGAUCGGCCGGAUGCCAAACGUUCACCGGUCAGUACGGUACAUGCAGCAGACUCGAUUCGUGUCCAGCGCUCAUCGAGAAGCUCAAAGGACCAGUGUUCUUCACCAACGUGGCUUACAUUCAAAAAUUAAGAUGUCAGGGCUACGAUCAGUAUAGUGUGUGCUGCGUUUCGCCGUCGACGCCAUUUUGGGACAUCGAUCCAAGGAGGCACACAGCGACGGAAACUUCGAGGGAAGAAUGCACCCCGUCGGAACUGCCCCCAGAUCCCGAGGGCGGCUGCUGCGGUUACCAGAGCGCCGAUGACGACAGAAUAGUAGGCGGCUUCGCGACUUCAAUAGAUCAGUACCCCUGGCUGGUGUUGAUAGAGUACGAGAUGACGAAUACUGGAUCCAUAGAAUUGGCUUGUGGUGGUUCCUUGAUAAGCUCGAGAUACGUCUUGACGGCCGGCCACUGCGUCAAAGGAACAGUGCUCGACAAGGCGACACCUGUGAGCGUGAGGCUCGGCGAAUACGACAUUUCCAAUCCGGGCCCGGAUUGCGUCGAGACUCCUGGCGGCGGCGAGGAUUGCACCGCCGGCCCAACGAGUGUGGCAAUCGAAGAAAUCAUACCACACGACUCGUACGACGCGAACGACAGGAAUCGCAAGCACGAUAUAGCCCUGGUCAGACUCAAUGAGACGGCGCCGUACACCGACUUCAUAAGGCCAAUCUGUCUUCCAACAUCGGAUUUAACUUUGGAACCGCCGUCCGAUCUCAGGUUGUAUACGUCCGGUUGGGGGUUCGUAGAGAAUAAAUUUGGCAUCCGAAGCAACAUAAAACUUGAGGUCGACUUGCCGUUAGAGCCAAGAAGUACGUGUCGAGAGCUGUUCAGCGCUGUCGACAUAACCAUAUCUGAGGAGCAGAUCUGUGCGGGUGGCGAAAGGGGCAAGGACGCCUGCAAGGGUGACUCGGGGGGGCCCCUGAUGGACAGGGACGAGCGUCGCUAUCGCGUGAUAGGCGUGGUCAGCUUCGGGCCGAAGCCCUGCGGCCAGGAGAACAGGCCCAGCGUGUACACGAACGUGUACAAGUAUCUGCCCUGGAUACGCUCACAGAUGAGAGCU